CGGCCCGAACGGCGAAUUUCAAAUGGGCGCUCUCUUUGUUUGUUUUCCCGGACUUUGGGCAAUUCCUUUGAUGUGCCGACGGGCCUUUGGUUCCUUUAUACAACCCACCGACAGUUGAACUCAUUAAUUUUGUCAUUUAUUAUUUUACCUUGCUGUGCCGUGCAUUACAUGCUCUCAUAUACUAAUUCCUCAUAGACCCGCUGGACGUGUUUUUAAAAGAGCUCUGUCAGAAAGCAAUGAGCAAUGUUUGACAUAACAUGCUGAAGUUUUCACCGGAGAGGGCAAGUUAUCGCGGUCGUGUUGGAUUUAUCUAAAAUACUCCUAGAAAAAUCGUACUCGACUGCAGCACAGGCUAUCAUACAUAGAUUACUUUCUCCCGGCUUAACACUCAAGGAUUUCGUCUUAUCUCUACGGAACAAUAAGUCAAAGUUCAAUUUUGUGUGUGGAGCGGCAGAAUGUUCUUCGAUUCCUAGUCAAAACAAACUAGCGCUGGGAACCACUAAUUGUAUCCCAAUGUGGAUGAAUACAAAGGAAGCAGCUAUGGAGUGCCUCAGAUGUGCUUUGCUGACGUUGAUUUUAGUGGGAUUUGUACAAAUGAAAGGAAGCCAGGCAUUAAUUGAUAACUCCUUCAGACUCUCCUCUUCGGAGUCUGCAGCAGCCACCACGAUACGGAUGACAACUUCAUUAUCGUCUGCCUCGCCUGUCCUGCCGGACCCGCGGCUCUCCCACUGGGCUCGUGCCGCGAGUGACUACCUUCGGAGUCUGGACUGCACGGCCGUCACAUUCACCUCGCAGACGGAGUGCCAGAGGCUUCAGACGCUGGACACCAAGCGGAUGAGCGUCUACCUGGCCGGACCUCGUAGCCGGCAGAGGAUGGUCUCGGUGCUACCUGACGGUGGACUGAGCCGAGGACGGAGUCACGAUGCGGUACUGGUGAUUGACCCUCACCCUACGGCCUCCUUCGGACAUCUGGUCGUGGUGUUCUCCUUGGACUUGGACUCGGACUGGGAGGACUGCCGGAGUCGCCUCGGAUGGUACAUAGGUGACGGAGAAUGCAUCCACAUCUUAGAGAAGCGCAGGUGCCGUAACAAGCUCCAUCGCAAGAGCGGUAGGAGGCGCUGUGAAAUCAACUUCCUCCCCCUGGUGCAUCUGGAAGAGGAUAGCAAUAAGGAGCAGCAACUGCGGUGUUUUCCCAACAUUGGAUCUUUCGGGCCGUGUCCGCAGUACCGCACAGACGUCGGAAACUACACGAAUCGAUGCGAGCUGUCUCACAACACGUACAGAUGUGAAAUACCUGUCCAACAUGUCAACUCGAGGUGCAAGUACUACGAGAUAUGCGACCAGGCUGUGUUGGUAUCCGGAGGCUGGAACCGCCAGACAAGUCAACAGCGACACGCACAGAACAUCCGGGGGAUGUACUCCAUGCUGCGGGAGCACGGCUUCAAGAGGCCCAAUAUCAAGACAUUCUUCGCUGAUAGUGGCGAUAUUCUCCUGGAAGAGGAUGAACAUAGCAACCGUAACUCCUACCCAGCAACUCAAAAGGACGCCAUUAGAAACCACAUCAGUACGUUGUGCAGGGUACCCAACUGUGUGGAGACCUUAGUCAUCUACCUUAACAGCCCGACCACCAACGACGGCACCAGUCUAUUGUGGGACACAGACAGCAAUGGAGUGGCAUCGGAAGCAGAGAGCUACUCGACUACGGAACUCCUGCAAGACCUGGAGGAUUGUCGAGCCAAGCGGAUAUACGUCAUCGCCGACCAGAGCUACUCGGGCCUAUUGGCCGAGUCCAUCAUUACGUCAGAGAACCACGGCAACGUGGUGGUGUUUGCCAGCAGUGGAUCCACAGAGUACUCGUGGAACGAUGAGUUGACGUGGCAGUGGAUACAGGCCAACCACACCACGCAGUGUGUGGAUGCCAUAUUUGAGGACUACAUGGACACCAUGUCGUCCCUUCCGUCUAUGGCAGAGGGCGGUUUCAACGCGGCCAACAGCACCGUCUUCGGCGCUCCGUGCGAGACGCUACCGUUCUUCACUCCUCGCGAGAUCAAGACGAACUUCAUGGGUUGCCAGAAUCUGCCCAUGGCCUGGUGGCUGUUCAAGUUUCAGGAGUCCAGAAACGCCAAGUCGUAAGACGACCUGGAGCUUGUCAAUUGUGUAGUCAGUUUGUUGACAAGGUGGACUUUAAAUAAAUAAAUUAAAAAAAAAAGGUCUUCGGUAUGAGGAAUAUUUCAGCUGUAGGCAGGAAAAAGAUAGAACGCGUUUACUGUACAAUGUCAUACAGUCCACCCCGGAUGAUCAUGUUAGAUUUACAUGAAGGAGGCAUAUAGGUUGGUCUUUGAUGACGUCACCAAUUUUUUCGGCCAUCUUGGAUUACAAACACGCGUACACACGUUCGCGAUCUUACAUGUCAUUGCGUGCGAUCACGUCGAAUCGGAUGCCCACUGUUGUUUUUCAUCUUUUUAUUUUGCAAAAUCGGGACCGAUUCGACCUAUCCUGGUAUUUUGUAACUAUAAGUGCAACUAUAAUCACACCAAUAACAAUCAACUGGAAAACCAAUUGCUUUCUUUUCAUCUCCUCAUUAAUUAAUUAGUUAAUUAAUUAAAAAGGGCUGCUUCAAAGCUGCCAUCGAGUACGUGUACAGACAGCCUCCACUGGAAAGCGCUUUGUUAUUUUCACCGAAAUAUUCUUUAUACAGAACUCAAUUUAUUCAACUGUAAUUUAUUGUAAAUAAAGAAAUAAUACUUUUAUUAACCGUUUUAACCUAUGCGACGAUGCUUUAACGCUAAUUAUUGUAAAUCUUGUUUGUCACUGAUUAUAUUGACCCUGGUUUGAAAAUGUAUAAAGAAAGGAAACAUAUAUCAGGGUAAUUGAAAUCUGUACCACGAAUCUCAUUUUUUAAGCGGAAGAUCGCCCAAGAAAAUAUAUUUCUUCCCAAAUACACUGGUCUAACAUUUAAAAAUAGUCCAUAUUUUCCUCAUUUGUAAUAUCAAGGCCAAACUUUGAGAUGUUUCCUGAGUAAUAGUACAAAUAAUGCAGGAUAGGUUUUAUAAGCAUAAUGUGUUAGCCAUUGGGUAUAGCCAUGCGUCUCUUUUGUGAGCAUGCGUACAGGUUUAAGAUUGCAUAAUCAUGGCGGUUCCAAAACAAAAAAACUUGUGUAAUGCAGUGUUCGUUUUUUAUUUUAAACCGUGCAGUGAUCGUCGGUGUUUCUUUAUUUGUAUGAGAAAGGCAACGUUAAGAGGCUUUUCUCAGCUGGCCUACUCAUAUUUUAUUAUUAUUAUAAUUAUUAUUAUUAUUAUUAUUAUUAUUUUUUUUUUGGGGGGGUUGUGUCCGAUAUAUAAUCUUUCAAUCAGAUAUAAUGUAAUUGCAUGCUGCCGAUGUGGUGUAAAUACUAGGUAUUUAGUUAAAUUACAAGUAUGCAGGCGGGAAACAAAUGAUACGUUGUUUCACCAGUAAAUACAUGUACAUGUACAUGUACAUAGGCAUGGAGGGGGAACGUGAUGUAUUUGAGAAACUUUUAGUUUUCGAAUUUUCAAGCCUGAAUUUGUCCCUCGUUCUUUAGGAAUAAUGUCGCCAGGCACAAUUGUGCCCAUAGUACCUCGCGUCGUUCUGACCGUUCAUGUUUUGCAUGAAAUGUGAAACCGAAUGCGUAUUGCAGAGGCAGCAAAUAUCAAAUAUAUUUCCCCGUUUGGUACUAGCUGUAAAUAAUUCGGUGACAGCCCGAUUAUCUGAAGGUUCGAUAAUCCGAAUGGCUCAUUAUUCCGAAAAUAGAACAAGGUUAAAUAAUCAAAUAUAUAUCCCCGUUUUUUACAGCAGCUAGAUCAUUCUUGAUACUUGGAACCUAAUGUUUACAAAAUACAUCCAUGCGUGAACUUCGGCACUUUUGACUGCUCGUUGUACAUAGAUUGCGUAAUAUUCAUUGUACAUACCAAACAAUAAAAGGAUAUCUAUUAUGCUUUGUCAUGUCUAUGUUAACGUGCCUUUAAUGAUUGUAUAUAUAAUGUCCGUGCUUUCGGUACAACCUACUUAAAUUGUAAGGCUGAAUAAAAUAACGUUUCAUGAAUGUACACAA